AUGGACUACUACAAGCUUAAUGCUGCCACAAUGAAUGACCACUUCUCUGCCCUUUACCGACCAGAUGCAGAGGACCAGGAGAAAACUACUUUCACAUGCCCUUAUGGGACCUUCAUAUUUCGAUACAUGCCAUUUGACUUGUACAAUGCACCAGUCGUUCUUCAACAAUGUGAAAAGAGGAAUUUGGUGUUGAAUUGGGAGAUGUGUCACUUCAUGGUUACAGAAGGAAUUGUUCUUGGGCACAAAAUCUCCAAAUCUGGACUGGAAUUUGAUCUUGUAAAGAUCGAUGUAAUUGCCAAACUUCCUAUACCAGCCAAUGUUAAAGCAUUAAGAAGCUUCUUAGGCACGCAGAAUUUUAUCAAAGAUUAUCAGAGGGAUAAUUCAAGAAUUUUACUCAAGAUUAAAGGAGAUGGUUGCAAACUAUUUGAAAAAUUUGAGAACAAUCAGACCAACCUCUCCAAUACUCUUCUUUCAAUCUCUAAAUUUUCUCACCAAAACAACAUAAAAAACAGGGGUUGCUUUCUUCUUGCUCUGUUCUUCUAUGCAUCAAUCUUCGAGAAACUGACUGUAAAACCAGAGGCAAGUGGCAAGCUUCUUCAUAUCGUACACCUCGAAGAUAAUAAGCAAUAUGAUCCCAACUCCAGAUUCGAGAUUCAUCAUAAUUUCUUGUCUACUCUGUUGGGAAACAAAAAGAAGGCUUCGAAAUCCAUGGUGUACAGUUAUACACAUGCCUUUUCUGGGUUUGCUGCAAAGCUCACAACUUCUCAACCCUAUCAGCUUUCUGAAAUGCUUGGUGUGGUUCGAGUUUUUCGAAAUGUUCUUUACGAACUCCAUAAAACUAGAAGCUGGGAUUUUCUCGGCCUUUUUCUUUCUUUGUUGGCUCCACCUGUAUUUGAUGGUGAAAACUACCAGACAUGGGCUAUCAGAAUGCAAGCCUACAUAGAGGGUUGUGAUUAUUGGGAAACAAUUGAGCAACACUAUGAUAUUGCUCCACUUUCUGAUAACCCAACAAUACAUCAGAUCAAGACUCAAGAGGAGAGGGUCACCAGGAAGGAGUUCCUCAAAAGUGAGUAUAAAGGUGAUGAGAGGAUUAAAGGAAUGAGAGUGUUGAACUUGGUGCGAGAAUUCGAGAGAAUGCAAAUGAAGAAUUUUGAAUCUAUUAAAGAGUACUCAUAUAAGUUGAUUGGGAUUGCUAACAAGGCAAGAGCAUUAGGAGUCAAUUUAUUUGACAAUAGAUUUUUUCAGAAGAUUCUAGUUUCAGUACCUGAUAAAUAUGAAGCAACCAUUGUUUACUUAGAAAAUACUAGAGACCUCUCAGAACUCAAGGUGAUAGAAGUGGUUAGUGCUUUGCAAGCACAAGAGCAGAGGAGGUUGAUGAGACAAGAAGGAAGCAUUGAGGGGGCAUUGAAAGUUAGAGUGCAGCAAGGAGAAGGUGGAAGAGAGAAGAAGGGAAGUGGCAGCAGUAGCUCAGAGUCUGUUGCAAAGGAUCAAGGAGGAGCACAUGUUGUAGUACAACAAGAAGAUCAACUCUUUGUGGCUACUUGUUGGUUGAUUGAUAGUGGGUGUACCAAUCACAUGACAAGUGACAAAAAGUUGUUCAAGGACCUUGACAAGUCAUUUAAGUCAAGGGUGAAGAUAGGAAAUGGUGAGUAUCUAGAAGUAAAGGGGAAGUGCGCAGUGUCAAUAGAGAGUUGUGCUGGAACCAAGUUGAUUACUGAAGUGUUGUUUAUCCCUGAAAUUGAACAAAACUUGUUAAACAUUGACCAAUUAGUAGAGAAGGGAUUCAAAAUGGGUAAUUUUGGUGAUGGAAUAAUCAUUGGAGUGGUGGAUACGGGAAUUUGGCCAGAAUCGGAGGCGUUCAACGACGAAGGAUUGGGGCCGGUGCCAGCUCGGUGGAAAGGCCAGUGCCAAUCAGGGGAAAAAUUCAAUGCGACGAGAGAUUGCAAUAGAAAAAUCAUAGGAGCCAAAUAGUACGUUGAUGGGUUCAUAGCCGAAUUUGGGGAAUUCAACAGAUCUGCCGUGAAGGAAUUCAUGUCUCCAAGAGAUUCAAAUGGACAUGGGACUCAAACGGCGAGCACCGCCGCCAGUUCGUUCAUGAGAAAUGUCAGCUACAGAGGCCUCGGGGGUGAGACUGCAAGGGGCAGAACACCAGCGGCGCGGUUGGCAGUAUACAAGGCAUGUUGGAGCUUGUCCGGUGGUGGUGGCCAGUGUGCGGCGGCGGACGUAUUGAAGGCGGGAUUGAACGACGCCAUACACGACGGCGUUGAUGUAUUGUCUCUGUGUUUAGGGAAGAGUGCUCCUCCGUUUCCGGAGGUUGAUGACGAGAACGUAGUUGCGAUUGGGUCGUUUCGGGCAAACUUGAGGAAUAUUUCGGUGGUCUGUUCUGCCGGUAACGACGGGCCUUCUGCAGAGACGGUGGUGAACACUUCACCUUGGAUUUUGAAUGUUGCUGCAAGUUCUAUGGAUAGAACUUUUUUGGGCUCUAUUACUUUGGGAAACAACAACACUUUUUUGUUAACCGCAAAUUUUCAUCGAAUCUUAUUUUUAUACCAAAGUGAAACCUUAUUCACGAGAAAGGAGAUUGGAUAUAGUGGCUUGGUACAUCCAGGAUCCAAGUUGAAUCCCAAUAUUGCAGGGUUACUAUGUGAUUCAAUAACAUUAGUGAACAGUAGUAAUUGGAUGGAUGGAAAAGUAGUUCUCUGCUUUAGCACAGUGAUGGGGAUGAAUCCAAUAGCCAUAACAAAAGCUGUGGAGGCUGUGAAAGCAGGAAAUGGCUUGGAACUGAUUGUGGCUAGAGUUUCACUUGCAACAUCGAGCAGACAUCCUUCUGGAGUUCCAAUUCUGGCUGAGGGAUCUCCAAAUAAACUUGGCAAUCCAUUCGAUUAUGGAGGAGGAAUUUUGAACCCAAAUGCAGCUGCAAACCCAGGACUCAUUUACGACAGGUCGACUUCCGAUUACAUAUCUUACUUCUGCUCAAUGCGCUACAAAAACUCUGCCAUUUCUCUUCUAACAGACCAAAAAACAGAGUGCCCAACAAAACCCCAAAUUUCUUUGUUGGAUCUUAAUCUACCUUCCAUAACAGUUCCAGCACUUACAAACUCAACCACUGUGACAAGAACAGUCACUAAGGUUGGAAAUUUGACAUCCGUGAUUCACCCUCCAAUGGGGACCGGUGUGACUGUGGAGCUUCUUGUCUUGUUCUUCAAUGCUAGUGUCACGAAGAUGUCUUUCAAGGUUGUGAUUUCAACCCCUUUUGAGAUGGAUUAUGGCUUUUCUUUUGGAAGUAUCAUUUGGAGUGAUGGAGUGCAUCUUGUUAACACUCCAUUGUCAGUUAGAAUUCAAUUUCUACUUUCUUCUACAUAG